AUGUCACACCAGACGGGCAUUCAAGCGAGCAACGAUGUGAAGGACAUUUUUGCCAGUGCUAAAAGCGGAGAUGAGUACCGAGUCUUGAAGAUCAUUAUUGAGGAUGAGCAGCUGACGUUGGCCGCCUCCAAGAAGGCGUCAAAGAAGUGGGACCUUGAGUAUGAUGCCUUAGUGCUGCCCCUGCUGGAGGACUCAGUUCCCUGCUAUAUUCUUUACCGACUGGACUCCAGCAACAACCAGGGUUAUGAAUGGAUUUUUAUUGCCUGGUCUCCGGACAGCUCUGAUGUGAGAAACAAAAUGUUAAUUGCUGCUACUAAGGCCACACUGAAGAGUGAGUUUGGCGGAGGCCACAUCAAAGAUGAGAUUUUUGGUACCAUAAAGGAUGAUAUAAACCUUAAUGGCUACAAGAAACAUCUGAUCUCCCAGGCUGCUCCGCUGCCCCUCACUGCUGCUGAGGAAGAGUUAAAACAGAUUAGACUAAACGAGGUUCAGACAGACAUUAGCGUCGACAGUAAAUACCAAACCCUCCAAGGGGUGGCCUUCCCUAUCCACGAUGAUGCUGUCACAGCACUGAAAAACUUCAGGGACAAGGAAAUCAACUAUGUGCAACUGCAAAUAGAUUUUGAAAAGGAGGUGAUCUGCUUGUGCAGCACUGAACCAACGGAACUUAGGGACCUGCCAUUGAGGAUCCCCAAGGACUUCGCACGUUACCACUUCUUCCUUUACAAGCACUUCCAUGAGGGUGACUGCUUGGAAUCAACGGUCUUUAUCUAUUCCAUGCCUGGGUACAAGUGCAGUAUCCGGGAGAGGAUGCUCUAUUCCAGCUGUAAAAACCCUUUGGUUGAAAUGGUCGAAAACAAACUGAAGAUAGAAAUUGAGAAAAAGUUGGAAAUCGAAAACGGAGACGAACUAACCAGUGAAUUCAUGUAUGAGGAGGUGCAUCCCAAGCAGCACGCGCACAAGCAGGCAUUCCCAAAGCCCAAAGGCCCUCAAGGAAAGCGGGGCUGCCGUCGCAUCACCCGACUCCCCGCGGAUGGCGAUGAGGACGAUAAUUAA